AUGGAGUUCAUUUUGGCGAUUCAAGAAACAAAAUUGGGGGCUACGUCUAAUUUUAUGUUUAAUGGAAUUUGGGGUCGGUCGGCGUAUCAGUUGGAAUGUGUUCAUGCAGAGGGUAGAUUCGGGGGGAUUAUGUCUCUUUGGAACCCGAGUAUGUUUGAUUGUGAUAAUGUGAUUAAAGAUCGGUAUUUUUUAGUUUUGUCCGGAGUUCUGAACCAGUUAGGUGUCCGGAUUAAUUUGGUAAACAUAUAUGCGCCUAAUGACGCUUCUGUGAGAAGAAACUUAUGGGUAAAGUUACUGAAUAUGAAGAAUUCACUCCAAGGUUUAUGGGCUUUCAUGGGGGAUUUUAAUGAAGUUAGGGACGAGACUGAAAGGCUCAAUUCUGAAUUCAUAGCCUCGAAUGCGGAGGCUUUUAAUCAGUUCAUUUUAGCGGCGGGUCUUUCUGAAUUCAAUAUGGGGGGCAGCAAAUUUACGUACAUAUCUGACCGCGGAGAUAAGUUAAGUAAGCUGGAUCGUUUCCUUGUUUGCCUUGGUAUUAUGGAGAGAUGGCCGACGGCGUCGGUUCUAGCACUUAACCGGGAUGCGUCGGACCAUAGACCCAUUUUAUUGUCCACCGUCCCCUCGGACUUUGGCCAUAUCCCUUUUCGGUGCUUUAAUUCAUGGAUGGAAAUGCUGGGUUUUGUGGAAUUAAUAAAACAAUUAUGCCAAAGUUUUGUUUUUAAUGGCCCAGCGGACAUGGCUUUAUCAGUUAAACUUAGAUGGCUAAAAAACAUCAUCAAGGCUUGGUUGAAGGUGGAACGAGAAAAAUCAUAA